AUGCGAGGACCAUGCUACCUACUUACGAUGUUUUGGCGUGUGUGCGACGUCCGUGGGUUUUGCGGGUUUUGCAGAGUGUUGCGGAACGCAGAGCGCCUGGGCGAGGGCUUCUCGGGCACGCAGAAACACCGAGAGGUUCGUCGUCAUGUAUGCGCGCGCACCGCCUGGGCGAGAGUGUCAGAGCUCACCGGAAACACCGAGAGGGUCUUCGAUGUCGACGUCUCGUGUGCCUGGAGGGAGGCUGCCAGGUCGACCUAUCAGUAUGACGGCAUGGACCGCAAGCAGCGUAAGGCCACUAAGGCGAGAGCACGAUUUUUGAACACUGCAAAUGAUAUCCCUGUAGAAUGGAUGCGUGAAACGAAGCUGCCCAAGAGCCGAGAGGCAUGA